UCGAAUUGUGCAAACGGCAGUUUGUCGAGUUUGUGUGUGCAACAAAACAACAAAGAAAGAAAAGCGAUGUCGCAACAGCGCUCAACAAGCAGCAAAGAUUCAGAGCAAAAUGCAAGCAUGAACACAAUUGUCAAUCUGGACGACAGCGACGACAAGGAAGACGACGACGACGACUUGCAAUUUGUUGGCAUUUUGCGUCCAGCAACAACCACAAUCGAUCUCUGCGUUCUGCCAUCGACCUCAGCGGCAGCGGCUGCGGCUCGCGCUGCAACAACAACGGCAAAGAAGACACCCAGCAGCGCUGCCGCAGCUGAGUCAGCCAAAAGUGCCACAAUCGAAACGGCUGCCACAGCGAGUACCGCUGAGAGCACCGCCACCUUGGAGUGCCCCAUUUGUCUGCAGACUUGCAUACAUCCCGCACGUCUUCCAUGCGGCCACAUUUUCUGCUUCUUGUGCGUCAAGGGCGUUGCCUAUAAAAAUCGUCGCUGUGCGAUGUGUCGUCGCGAGAUUCCUGCCGCAUUCCUGGACAAUCCGCAGCUGGUGAAUGGCAUCGAUGACAUUUGUGCGACACGUGCCACAGAGGAUGGCUAUCAGUGGUACUACGAGGGACGCAAUGGUUGGUGGCAAUAUGACGAUCGCACCAGCCAGGACAUUGAGGAGGCCUUCAAGAAGGGCGACAAAUCGUGCACCAUACUCGUCGCCGGCUACGUGUAUAUUGUGGAUCUGGAGCAGCUCAUCCAGCAGCGUCAAAAUGAACCCACACGUUGUCGCCGCGUCAAACGGGAUCUGGCCACGAUACCCAAGAAGGGCGUUGCCGGUCUGCGCAUCGAGGGCAAUCAGGUGGCCAGUGACACCGUCUUCACCCGUCCCAGCAAUCCCACACCCAAUGCAGCCGCCUCGUUAGGUGGUGCUAGUCCCAUCACCACCAACUUUAUAUCGACAAUUGCGGCACGGGAUGCUGCCAUUCGGAUAGCUAGCGAUAUAAUUGGCUCAACGCUGGCGCAAGCGGAUGAAUUGACUCGUGGAUUGGCGGCCAGCAAUAUUAGCAGUGACAGCGCCAGUGACUUGAGUGGUGAGCUAAUCUACACAAAUCCACAAUCCUCCAAUCCAAACCAGACAUCAUCAUCAUCAUCAGCAGCAGCAGCAGCGGUUGUUGUUGGUUCGCUUGCCUCAAACUCGCACUCGAAUUCCAUACAGGAUCUGAUGCUGAGCGCAACGGAGGAUUUGCUGGACACCACACAGCAGGUGAUCGAGACCAAUCAGCAUUCCAUAGAUCUCUUCGAGCAGGCCUUGAACGAUUUCCAGGCGCUUACCAUGCUCAAUUUUGUCGAUUCCAGUGAUGAGAACGAUGAUGAUGAUGAUAACGACGAUGAUGAAGAUGAUGAGGAUGUUGAUGUUGCUAAAGAUUUAAGAGCUGAGAAUGCUGCUGCUGCUGCUGCUGAGACAAGUGAGGCGAGCGAACCUCAUGAUAAUAAGCAACAAACUAAUUCAUUGGGUUUCUAA